UGUAAGAUAAAGAAAACAUUAAGUCGUGUCUAUUCCAGUAUUAGUUGCUAUAUUUAGCACGGGGCAAGCCUAAUAUCCUAGUCGAGCUCUCUCGCUGGGGCCUGGGGGAGAGUAGUAGUAACAACAGGAAAAGGGAACCGCGUGGCCUCCAUUCGCGGUUAACCCCAUUCGCGGGGCCUCCAUCGAUGGAGGCCUCUCUCCCGUUUCACCACCACCACCCCGCUGCCUCCUCCACCGCGGCGCAUCACGCGGCCCGCCUCACUCCUCCUCCUCCUCCGCGAGACCCGCGUGCCACUGCCCGCUGGGUGCCCCCCGCGGCCGCGCCCGUGCGGAGCCGGAGCCCGGCAAAUCUAGGGUUGCCGCCCCAUCCUCCCCGACGCCUCCGCCUCCGCCUCGCGCCGCCGAGGAUAACCGCUGCAGUCACGGGAGGGCCGCGUCGCCCCCGCCGCCGAGCCCCGCCUCCCUUGGAAUGCGCCGGCGGCAGCAGCAGCAGCCUACGACGACCGCGUGAGGAGGAGGAGGAGGAGGAGGAGGAGGAGCGCUCUUCGACGGCGCACGCGGGGGUGAGCCUAGUGGGCGAGAACAAAGUUUUGCAAAUGUCAUCAAUUGUGCCGAAGGCGUCCAAUAUCUUCUGGCAUGAUUGUGCAGUUGGCCAGGCUGAUCGGCAGAAGCUACUGAAGCAGAAAGGUUGCGUUGUUUGGAUCACAGGACUUAGUGGUUCAGGUAAAAGUACCCUGGCAUGCACAUUAGAUCGAGAGCUCCAUACAAGAGGGAAGCUUUCUUAUGUUCUUGAUGGUGAUAAUUUAAGACAUGGUUUGAACAAGGAUCUUGGCUUUAAGGCGGAAGACCGUGCUGAAAAUAUACGCAGAGUUGGUGAGGUAGCAAAGCUAUUCGCAGAUGCAGGCCUAGUAUGCAUUGCAAGUUUCAUAUCUCCGUAUAGGAGAGACCGUGAGUCUUGUCGUGCAUUAUUGUCAGAUGGUAGCUUUAUUGAAGUUUUCUUGAACAUGCCCUUGGAAUUGUGUGAGUCAAGGGAUCCUAAGGGCCUUUAUAAGCUUGCUCGUGCAGGAAAAAUAAAGGGUUUUACUGGAAUUGAUGACCCUUAUGAAUCACCAUUAAACUCUGAGAUUGAGAUCAAAGAAGUGGAUGGUGUAUGCCCUUCACCAUCGGACAUGGCAGGACAAGUAGUCACUUAUCUAGAGGAGAAAGGGUUUCUGCAUGAUUAGAUGGGAUGCAUCGAUCAGCCGGUAGAGUUUUCUCCUCCAUAUUAGACUAGUUCAGAAUAAGUCAAGCUUUGGCAUGUUUUCUGUACUUGUUUUUGUUUAGAUUGGUUACAUGCUUUGAUCUACCCAUAUUCCUUCUUCACUGCACAGCUAAUGGAGCUGUGCAAUGACAUUCAGGUAAGUUGGAGUAGAUUUGUUUUUUUGGGAUCCAAAAUCAUCCCAGUUAUUAACAGGCCGUAGAAGAUAUCCAUUUACUUCUGUUCUUACAUUGUGGACUUUAUACUGUUACUGUUCUUCUA